AUGUCGUCACCAUGCGGUCAUGCAGUCCAUUUUUUGUCGUUGUGGACAGGCAAACCGCCAGCUUAUGGGAUUUGCCCCGGUGUGAACGCACACGGUACUCUAAAGUCACUACCACAAAUAAGCUUGAAUGCUACUCGCAAGGAACUGUUCGACUAUUUUAAUAACACAUGGACACUUAUCGUAGUGCUGUUCGAUGGUCUUGCUAGUGAGCAAGGAUUUUAUCACUCUCACUAUCAUAAGUUACGCCAUCCAAUGAUAUUUUACUACUUACACCGAGCUGUAUUUUACAUAAAUAAAUUACGUGUAGCUGGCAUUUUUGAGCAGCCAGUUAAGCUAGAAUUCGAACAACUAUUUGAAACUGGUGUCGACGAAAUACGUUGGGAUGACUUGUAUGAAAACAAUGUACGUAUAUAA